AAAGAGCCUGAAAAAAACAUUCUAAAGACUAAAAACACUAGCAGCUCCGCUGGCUCGACUUUACAGCUGACAUUUGUUGAAUUCUAACAACUUCAAGAGUGGUUAAUGGACAUCUAUUUUCAUGUCUUCAUCGAAAAAAACAUUUCAACUUUCUGGUGUACGCUAGUUAAGCAUAAGGCAGCAACAAAAUCAAGGUCUAGCGAUUGCAUCCAUCUUCCUCCUGCCACAUGCUUAAUAAUUACACCGAUCUUCUCAUUCUCAUCACUCCUGGUAUGCAAGAGAGAGAGCAGGAAGCCUUCUGUUGGCAGCAAUAUAACAAAGCAACCCAGCACAGAAACAGGGAAACGCUCUGGGUGCAAAAUUACACCUGUGCGGACCAGCCUGGGCACUGAGCUGCCCUAGAAGAACCACAUGGGGCAAAGAAAAUGGCAGAAACUCAGAGGAAAGGAAAUCAGAAACUGGAAAGUGUUGUGCUUAGUAAAAUGAACUUUGAAUCGUUUGUGAGAGAUCUGCUUCUGGUUCGUCAUUACAGAGUCGAAGUUUACAAGAACAGAGCAGGGAGUAAAUCUACCAAAGAAAAUGACUGGUAUUUGGCAUACAAGGGUUCUCCAGGAAACCUCGCCCAGUUUGAGGAAGUUCUCUUUGCCAACAACGACAUGUCAACUGCCAUUGGGGUUGUGGGGGUGAAGCUGUCUACUACUGAUGGACAAAGAGUAGUUGGAGUGGGAUAUGUUGAUAGUACACUAAGAAAAUUGAGUGUCUGUGAGUUUCCAGAUAAUGAUCAGUUCUCAAACCUUGAAGCUCUACUGGUUCAGCUAGGACCUAAGGAGUGUGUGCUACCAGGAGGAGAGACUGCUGGAGAGAUGGGAAAACUGCGACAAGUCAUUCAGAGAGGAGGAAUCCUGAUUACAGACAGAAAGAAGGCAGAGUUCACAACAAAAGAUAUUGUUCAGGAUCUCAAUCGAUUGUUAAAGUCAAAAAAAGAAGAACAAACGAAUAGUGCAGCAUUGCCAGAGAUGGAAAAGCAGGUUGCCAUUUCAUCUUUGUCAGCUGUUAUCAAGUUUUUAGAGUUGCUGUCGGAUGAGUCUAAUUUCGGACAAUUUGAACUGACUACUUUUGAUCUUAGUCAAUAUAUGGUUCUAGAUAAUGCAGCUGUCCAAGCCCUCAACCUUUUCCAGAGUUCUGUGGAAAAUGCUAAUACUGCACAGUCACUAGCUGGUUUACUGAAUAAAUGCAGAACCCCUCAAGGACAAAGACUAGUUAAUCAGUGGAUCAAACAGCCACUUAUGGAUAAGAAUAGAAUUGAAGAAAGGUUGAAUUUGGUUGAAGCCUUUGUGGUAGAUCCAGAACUACGUCAGUGCCUUCAGGAAGAUCUUUUACGUCGCUUCCCAGAUCUCAACCGGCUAGCAAAGAAAUUUCAGAGGCAAGCGGCAACCUUACAGGACUGUUACCGAAUGUAUCAGGCUAUUAAUCAACUGCCUAACGUUGUACAAGCGCUAGAAAAACAUGAAGGAGAUCACCAGAUGUUGUUGUUGGCAGUGUUUAUAACGCCGCUUAAUGAUAUCCACUCUGACUUCUCAAAGUUUCUGGAGAUGAUAGAAACAACAUUAGACAUGGAUAAGGUAGAGAAUCAUGAAUUUCUUGUCAAGGCUUCUUUUGAUCCUAACUUGACAGAAUUAAGAGGAAAGAUGAAUGAACUGGAAGAAAAUAUGCAGUCUUUCUUAAAGAGCGCAGCCAAAGAACUAGGUUUGGAAGCUGGCAAAAGCGUCAAACUAGAGUCAAAUUCACAAUUUGGACAUCAUUUUCGAAUUACUUGCAAGGAAGAAAAAGUUCUCCGGAACAACUCAAAAUACAGAAUAAUUGAUACACAGAAGAAUGGUGUGAAAUUUACUAACAGCAAACUGAGCUCCGUCAAUGAAGAAUAUAUAAAGAACAGAGAAGAGUAUGAGGAGGCUCAGGAUGCAAUUGUUAAGGAAAUCAUUAACAUUGCUUCAGGUUAUGCCGAGCCAAUACAGACAAUGAAUGAUGUGAUAGCUCAAUUAGAUGCAAUUGUCAGUUUUGCUCACGUGUCAAACGGAGCACCAGUGCCGUAUGUCCGUCCUGCCCUUCUGGAAAAGGGUCAAGGAAGAAUUGUGCUGAAAGGUUCCAGGCAUCCUUGCAUCGAGGUGCAAGAUGAUGUAGCCUUCAUCCCCAAUGACAUUACGUUUGAGAAGGGCAAGCAGAUGUUUCACAUUAUUACUGGCCCUAACAUGGGGGGAAAGUCAACAUACAUCCGACAGACCGGGGUGAUAGUUCUUAUGGCCCAAAUUGGAUGUUUUGUACCAUGCGACUCUGCGGAAAUAACCAUUGUGGAUUGUAUCCUGGCGCGGGUAGGAGCUGGGGACAGCCAGCUGAAAGGUGUGUCUACUUUCAUGGCUGAAAUGUUAGAAACUGCAUCAAUCCUUAGGACUGCAUCAGAAAACUCCCUGAUAAUCAUUGAUGAGCUGGGAAGAGGAACUUCUACCUAUGAUGGCUUUGGCUUAGCGUGGGCUAUUUCAGAGUACAUUGCUACCAAAAUUUGUGCUUUCUGUAUGUUUGCUACACAUUUCCAUGAACUGACAGCGCUUGCUGACCAGGUGCCCACAGUUAAUAAUCUACAUGUUACUGCUCUGACCAGUGAUGACACACUCACGAUGCUUUACCGUGUCAAGGAAGGUGUUUGUGACCAGAGUUUUGGAAUACACGUAGCGGAGUUGGCAGCUUUUCCAAAACAUGUAAUAGAGAGCGCGAGAGAGAAGGCACUGGAGCUGGAGGAGUUUCAAAACAUUGGCAAAUCAAAGGAAUCUGAAGGAGAACCACCAGCCAAGAAACCUUACAGAGAAAGAGAGGAAGGUGAAAAAAUAAUUCAGGAUUUUCUUUGUCAAGUGAAAGCAUUGCCCCUGACAGACAUGUCAGAAGAAGACAUCAAAACCAAGCUGAAGCAGAUGAGGACUGAAGUGUUGUCGAAGAACAACAGUUUUGUGAAUGAAAUCAUUUCACGAACAAAAGUUACGUCAUGAAAGAUGUGAGAAGAGGAUGCAGCUCUUGAAGGGUUUUAUGUUAAAGAACUAUUAUUUUCUUGUCUUGUAGUCUACUUCAUGAUAUUUUGUACUGAUUUAGGUAGGCAUUUUUUUCUUGAACUAAUUAUUUUGUAAAAAAAACAAAAAAACCAAAAAACAAAAAAAAAAACAAAAAAACCCAACCAACCAAACAAAAAACCCUCUGAGCACAUUCUGUGGCAGAUUCCUGCUUUAUUUGUGAUCGUUUGUGCCCUUUUAGUUCAAUAAAAUUCUUUUUCGUUAUUGAGAGAAUUGUUAACUGUACAAACAAAACACGCUUUAACAGAAAGUGUGCUUGAAAGCAUAGCAGUUCAGAUGGCAUACAGCUAUCACGGGCUUGAAAAGCAACAGCUUUCUGCCAUGAUUCUUUUUCGUGUGAUGCAAUUACACCCAUUAAAUCAAUGAAGUUUUAGUAGUGCUGUAUAGUGCUCCAUUAGGAAAAAGCAUGUGAUCUCAGGGAUUAGUCAUAGAAUCGUGUGUGUACAUGUUUGGAGCUUGGGCAGGGAGACAGAGUUGUUGUGUUUUGUUUUAAUGUUUGGACAGGUAAUGUUUGACCCAAAUAUACUAGAGGCUGCUCUUCAGGUUGGAGUGGUGGUAACUCUGUUAUAUUGACACUUUUUUUGUGUGGUUUUGUAAUGUAGAGAGAGGCUUGGAUGAAGUUACAGUUUAACUUUUUAAUGCUUUUCUUCUCCCCUCCCUUUUUUUCCUUUAAUACACUUCUCACAUUGAGACAUUUUGGAAGCAUACGGCGCAUGUAGGUUUAUAUUCUACGGCGCAUGUAGGUUUAUAUUCUACGGCGCAUGUAGGUUUAUAUUCUACGGCGCAUGUAGGUUUAUAUUCUUGAAAUUUAGUGCUUUAAAUUAUAGCUCUAGGAUGCUUUACCUGUAUUUAAAACUGGCGCUGUUGAAAGAUUAGUGAGGAAAAGUGUUUAUCACAUUGUGACUAUAGGAACAAAAUUAUGCUGAAGAUGUCACGUGCAAGAUGUCAACUCUUGCUGUGUCCUGAAGCAGGGAUUAUAUCAGUGGGGGUCUGUGCGUGCGCCGGGGCCAGCUGUUGCUAUUAAAGCUGUGCUGCAGCUCUGCAUCAGGGAUUAGUCCGUUACAAUAGUUUGUAUUUAAACAUUCCAGCGAUAGUUGUAGAAGAGUUGUCUUGCUCAACUUGUUAUUGGAUAAUCUUUACUUCUAAUUAGACUAGAACUUGGAAAAGAAACACGCUCCUCAAAGGAAGAAAAUAAAAGUUGGUUUGAUGUGAGAUUCUGCCAUAAGACCUUUUUAGUCUUUAAUUUAGAACACAAUAUACUUUCAAAGACAAAAAUAAAGACUUGCAUUUGCAAACAGUGCAGUAGAUAUGUGUAUUCAGUAGCUGUGUCUGGAAAGUGUUUGAAUGGAAAAAUCCAUUAUAGUUGUAUAAGAUACAGCUGUUUUGGCAAAUUCACCCGGUUCAAGCACAAGCUAUUUCAAAAUACAGAAUUAUAGAUAAAAUACACAAUGAGAAUCAAUUUAACAUUACUGCGGAAAUUCAUAUUGACACAUUUUUGUAUUGGAUCAUGCAGCUUUAACUGAUGCUAGAAACAAGCAGUGCUUGUAAGUACCUGCCAUUCCAAUCACCUACGACUUCUGCGUAUAUAAACUGAGCUACCCUUGGUCAGAUCAAAGGUGCCUCCAGCUUGGCAUCCUGAUCCUAACCAUAGCCAUUAGGGAGUAACCUAGGAAUAGGCAUAACCGUUUAGAAGCCUUCAGUGGUUUUCUUUUCCAGGAACCUGUCUGUUCUCCCCUUGACCCCAUGUGAACUUUUAGCGUCUACAGCGCUCUUGCCCGAAGGAGUUCUGCACUGAAGUACCUCCUGCAAGAACCACCAGUUCCUUUUGCUUGCUUCGUGCCUGAUUUCUAGUUACAUUUAGUGCUUCUUGUUUUAUAUUCUCGAGGUGUCAGCUCUUGCCAUGCUGGUUGUGAUGUGUAAGUACAGCAUGCCUGCAGUAUCUUGAGGAAAUGCUGCUUUUAUUUUUGUGUUGCAAUUGGAAGCUGAUAGAGCUGCUUAUGUGAAACCAGAUUCCCCCCUCCCCAGGGGUGAAAGCAGUGCUCCGUGCGUUACACAGAAGCGACGAGAACCCUGACUGUACCUGCUCCGUGCAGUACCCUCUCUGUGCCCCAGAAGAGGAGUUCUGCCAAAAAAUUAGCUUGUUUUCUCCCACCUCAUGCCCUUCAACCUCCACAAGGAAAAAAAGGGCAAGUUAAUGGAGUUGUAAGACUUUCCUUCUGCUUGUCCCACCGCCUCUUCAGAGCAUAGUGCUGCUGCCAGAUAUAGAUAGGCAAGAGAAUCUGGCCCAGAAUGGCUUACAGGUAGUGUGAUCCUAUGUGAGCAGGAGAGUGGCUCCUUUUGUUAAUUCCAAUAGAGCUUUUCUUUCAGAACUGUACCUAUGACAGGAGCAAUGCCAGGAGCCUGUCUCGUUAUUACAGAGCUGUGCCCAGAAUGCAAAGAUUAUCAAAGCUUCAGAACAAAAUAACGUAGCUGUCAAGAAGCACUGAGACCCCUUAACUGUCAGCCUUGAAUAAAGUUGCGCUUUUCUCUUUGCUCGUGUGCUCCAGUGUUUGAGAAAUCUUGGCGCUGAAUGCUUACUACAUGUGCAGUGGUCUUAGUCUGUGUUAGAGAAGGAAAUUGUAACUGAUUUAGUUUCAGCACUGUUAGAGAAGGAAAUUGUAGCUGAUUUAGCUUCAGCUUAGCAUAAGUCUGACUCUUGCUUAGCGUAAGUGCUAAAGUAGAUGAAGCCUGCAGGCCUCAAGGCUGAACUGUCAAUGGACUCCAGAAACAUUGCUAACCAUGUGACAUUGCUGAUGAUGCAACUGCAAAACUAAUUAAAACUAGCUAACAAAGAUACAAAACUAGCUAAUGAGGAUACAAAGUAGAAUGCAGGAGAUGAGAUGGGAUACACCUGGGUUGUGGUUGACCUUUGAGAAGAUAAGGGACUGUGGGAAACAAGGACAUGGCAACCAGCCUGGGAUGUAGGCCAGGACCUAUCAGAAGGAGGGAGACACCAAUCAGAAGGAGAGAGACCACUGACUCAGUAAAACAAGACUGGAGGAGACCUUCACUGGCAGGUGAGGAAUUAAAACUGUAAAGGGUAUAAUUACCCCAGAAUUUAUUUGUUUGGGGUUCCCCUCCAGAGGCACCCAGCUUGAGCUGUUACUAUGUUGUACUAUCAUUUAAAUAAAUAAUUAAUUUCACUGCUAGAUGUAUGUGAGACUCUGCUCCUCAGAAACCUAGGGUUGAACUGUUUCUAUAGCAGUCUGUGCAGUUAUUCUUCAUUUAGAAGACUCUUUAUGAAGAAAACUGCUUUAGGUGGGGUGAAAGAAAAGAGUGGACAUGAUCAUAAACUAAUGGAAUUAUUUUCUUGUGAAAAUGUCAUUCAGUCUUGGUUGCUUUACCCGUCUUGAUAUGCAUCUAUUACUUUUGGUCUCAGGCUGAUUUUGCUUUCGGUCAGCACCAGCCAAUAUCGAGAGGCAUUGAUGCCUGUCCAUUUCCAAACCUAUCACUAGGGAUCUAUAUUGAUAGGUGUCAAUACCUCUUGUUCUUGAGAGGCAUCUAUAGCUUUUGCUCUCGGGUUGAUUUUGCUCUCAGUACGUACUGAUUGCUAUCCACAUUGACUGUUCUCAAUAUCCAGACACCUCAAAGAGUGUGUGUUUCCAUACAUGUUGCUUUGGAAUAACAUCUAUGGAUAUUGAUUGCUAUCGGCUGCUUCAACACCUCCGGCAGCGCCAGCGGAGAGUCCGAACUAGUAACCUGGCUGCACUGACCUGACUCCAUCCAGAGCUGCUUUGGUGCCUUUUGUUCCCAGGGCGAUGCCUAUGCAGCAUCACCCAGGGAGCUACACGAAGUGCAGCGGACUCGGCCUAGUGCUGUACCUCCAUGCCUGGGGAGGGAUGUGUGCUUUGAACAAGCAAUAUGGUCCAAAGGAUCAAAAAUGGAGCUGGGGUCACAGAAUCUGGUCCCAAGAAAUAAAAAGAUUUGUUUACCACAAUACAAGUCUUACAGAUCUUAAGUAAUCUUUGCAAAUAUUCCUUGGAAGCAAUACUCCCUUGAUAUUUUCAGUCCCACUCCCUAAUGUCUGUCUUUGUAGGUCUUUGCUGACUUAAAUUUCCUCUCCUUAGUUUUAAGGUGUUCCAACCUUGUGGCGAGUAGUUUCCUUAUGCUCUCAUGUAAUUACAAAGAAGUUUAAAAAAAACAAAAUCAAAGUUUUAUGUUUUACUAUUGAACCCUAAAAUUAUCAGCACAAUGAUCAGGACAAUAUCUGAUAAUGAUUUUAAUGCUCUGGCUGUUUCAGCUCUUUUUUUCACCAUGAACUAGGGAGGCACAGCAGGAGGGUUCCACUUGUCUGCUGAUUGCUUCUCUUUUCAUCUUGGGUAGUAACAGGUUUUUUUUUUGUUUUUUUUUUGGUGAAGUUAUGCUUUCUGCUUGCAGUAGAUCAUCUCUUGCAUUUGUAUUUUGCUAUGGCAUUUAUCAUUCGGGGACACUGUGAUGCAGGCAAUUCACUCACAAAUUAAUGAAAAUAAAUGACCAAAAAAAAAAAAAAAGCCUGCCUACUUUGUCCCUGCAUCCUGCAAAAAACUGUGUGUUAAAGUGAAAAUGAUUGGAGAUCUACACGUAGAAACACAAGGAGGUGCACAUGAGCUGUAUGAGGUCUUCCCUCUUUCAUGGAUGUAGGUCCACGCUGAAACUGAAAGGAAGACUUCCCAACCUGUCAGUUUUUCACAGAAGUCCCAGCCUUAGAGUGCCAAGGGGUGGGAAGUGCAGGAACACUGGCUAGUGGCACUGUGGUGUUACCGUGAGGAGUGCUGGUCUCCCCUCGGUGUAGGUGUUGAACAGGUAGGUCAUAGUAUGAGAUGGUUUGGGAGGGGGUCUGUUUCUCAGCCUCCAGGUAGGAACCACAGCACCUGAGUCCGCCUUCUUCCAAGCCUUCAUGCAGCAGGCAUGAGAGAUGCCGGGGCAAUUUCUUAAUUUUACGUUAGUUCCUGUAAUGAUAUCUUGGGCACUGCAAAACCAAAGUAAUCGACGCAGUAAAAAAUGCCCUCAGGCUGGGGGGUGAGGGGCUGCUGGUGCCGCUCUGAGCUAGGGCAGGGCCUUGGCUCUCGGUGCUGCAGCCAAGACGCAUCCCUUCAUGAGCAGGAGCCCCAGGGAGGCUUUACCAUUUCCCUCACGGGCAGCGCUCUCUGCCUCUCCCCAGGCUCCCUCAAAGGAGCCUCGGUUCGUAGCACAGGCUCUCCUUUCUCCUCACGGCCUUGGGGGCUGCAUGUGCUAACAGCAUCCAGCACUGGGGAACCGAGUGGUUGCUCUUUCUUGUGGUCCUGUGGCCACUAGCAUUUCAUUCAGCUGAUUUCCUUCAACUUAAACAGUCACUUGAGACCGACUAUACCUCCUCCUCUGCGGGGAUGGGCUGUUUCCUACAAGCGUCCUCUAAAGGGUUAAAAGUAGCUGUGAUCACGGAACUUGGGCGCUGGCCCCAAGUCCACAGAAAACAAGUAACACUUAGCAGGUAGGCUAUGGGCCGUGAGGAUUAUAAAACACUUGCAUGGCUGGUUAGCUUUUUUAAGAUGUUAAGUCUUUUGAGGGUGGGAGUGCUGCCGCAAUCGAUGCUAAAGGCAGUGAGCAGAUGGUCCUCUGCAGCUCCUGCAGUGGCCCCUGGGCUCCCACUGCUGGGAGAAGGCACCAGAUGUCUCAUCUGCACGUUUUGUCAUGGUGAAGCCCCCUUUCAGUUCAGUAAUGCAUCAGACAGAGCAGAACUAAGUUGUCUGUAGCAGAUUGGAGUGUUAUUCCUGUUUUUCUAUUGUACUUUUUCACUUAGAGUAGCAUUUUAAUGACUUUUUUUCCUCAUUGUGACUAGCUUUGUUUUUUUUUCUCUUUUCAGGGAGGAAAUUAAUUUGUAGAAAGAAAAUCUUUCAGAAACGUCCCUUUUUCUUGUAAGGGCUGGAUUUUAAGCACAACAUGUUAUGGUGCAACAUUGGUUAUGAGAAAACUGCAGUGCUGUUUAUCUUUUUGUCGAACAAAGACACAGGAUUAGCUCUCAGUAAUCUCUUGUAAGUUAUAUACUCAUCCGGUGUGAAUUGGAGUAACUGCGUGAAGUAAAUGGCUUUUUUUCCUGAGAUUAUACUGGCUGUUGAUUUGACCUGUGGGUCCAUGCUAAUGCUAUUGCGCUCUUGGUAGUUCUCAGUGGUUUAAUGUUUCCCUCUUCAGUACAGAGUGUGUCUGUGGAUAAAAGUGUAAUUUCCUUACAGGAAAGGAAGACCUCAGAAGCUGAUGAACUUCUUCACUGUUAGAACUGCAAAGUUUAGUUUUACUGAUUUUUAAGGAAUCCCAGCAACGUAGUGAGAGCUGCCUUAGUUAGACGAUCAGACAUUGGCUUAUUCUGUGCAUUGAGAAAGAAUAAAAACAUCCAAGACUUUGCUUCAGUACACACAGAGUAUACUUUUUAUGAUCUUUCUUUUUCCAUUUCCCCUUUCAAGAGAAAUCAGAUAAGAU